CAGAAAAACUAACCCUGUGUUUCUUUUCAGUGGACAUCAUGACAGCGUUUGUGGUGCUCGUCUUCGUCGGUUUCACCGUUUUUAAAGCCAGCAUGGGGCAUCCAGGGCCUUGUGGUCAACCUGCCUGUUCUCCUUCCCAGCAAGAACACAGAGACAACUUCAUGUCCAAGACUUUCAUGGAAUAUGCUUCUACGGAAGCUGAUCCUGACAACACCAUGGAUUUCACACAGUGUCACCUGAAAGAGAAAUUAAAUGAUCUCAUCUCAAGGAGCCAGGAUACCAUUAACAACAUCCUCAUGUAUAUUCAGAAAAAUGUGACUCCUCUCACUCAAAAAUUCCUUUAUAAGAUCCGCUAUGAGAUUGAUCAUGCGUUGGUCCAUAUAAGAUCUUUUCUGAAAUCCCUGAAAGUCCAUCACUACUCCGUCUCCAAAGACAUGGAAAAUAAACUCCAAAGCAAGCUGGAGGAUAUAAAGAAGGAUGCUGAGAAGCAGAUGAAGCAUAUGGACCCCAAAGCCAUGCAGCAGGCCCUACGUAACAAGAUGCAGGAGAUGAAGGAUGACGUGAAAAAGGACGUGAAGAACCCAGUCCAUCACAAAGAUGACAGCAAAGACUUGAAGAAGGAGCUGGAAGACGUACUGGAGGACUUUGAGAAGCGCUUGCUCCGCCUGACCAAGGACUACGAGCGAAAGGUCGACACCAAAACCCACAAUAUCUUUCAGAAGAGUGACAAGGGCCAUAACAAGAAAGAUAAGCCAAAUAAGCCAGAGAAUAAACCAAGCUGUAUGACUCAGAGGGACCAGAUGGACAAUCUGUGGGAUUCCUUCUGUAAGAAAUACCGCUAA